GUGGUUCAGAGAAAAUGCGGGAGCUUCACGUUAGUCGCGGGAAAUUGCUGCCAAGAGAUCGUAUAGACAAACUUUUAGAUCCGAAUACUCCAUUUCUCGAGUUGUCGCAGUUUGCUGGAUAUCAGCUUUAUGGACCGUCGGAAGUAGUUCCUGCAGGUGGUAUUCUCACUGGCAUCGGUCGCGUGAACGGCGUUGAGUGCAUGCUUGUAGUAAAUGAUCCCACAGUCAAGGCUGGCAGCUACUAUCCAAUCACAGUUAAGAAGCAUUUACGCGCUCAAGAGAUCGCCAAAGAGAAUAACCUACCAUGCAUAUAUCUUG